AUGGCUGACGAAUACAACGCCGAGGAGGCCGCUGAGAUCAAGAAGAGAAGAACCUUCCGCAAGUUCUCUUACCGAGGAAUCGACCUUGACAACCUCCUCGACCUCUCUUCCGACCAGCUCCGAGAUGUCGUCCACGCCCGUGCCCGCAGAAGGAUCAACCGCGGCCUGAAGCGCCGCCCCAUGGGCCUCAUCAAGAAGCUCCGAAAGGCCAAGCAGGAGGCCAAGCCCAACGAGAAGCCCGACCUCGUCAAGACCCACCUCCGAGACAUGAUUGUCGUCCCCGAGAUGAUUGGAAGCGUCAUUGGUAUCUACUCCGGCAAGGAGUUCAACCAGGUCGAGAUCAAGCCUGAAAUGGUUGGCCACUACCUGGGUGAAUUCUCCAUCUCAUACAAGCCUGUCAAGCACGGUCGACCUGGUAUCGGUGCCACUCACUCUUCUCGUUUCAUUCCCCUCAAAUAA